AUGCCCUCCGUCGAACACAAUCCAGACUCGGUCACGCAGAGUGAAUGGAGUCCCCAUAUCCUCUUGACAUUUCUGCAGUCUCAAUCGCAGAAUGCAUUGACUCGGCUUUAUCAAAGGCCGUCAUCAUGUCUCUCUAUAUUUCGCCUGUUGAGACCGCUGGAGCGCCAGCUCAUCAUGAAUAUUCUCUGGUUGGAAUCCGCUACUCCACUGUCGACGAUGUCGGCGUGGGUCACACAGGAGGGUAAAAAGCCCUACAGCGAUUCCCUUUCCACGUUAGCACGCCUCCAUAUAAUCCCAAACUCGACCACGAAGCUGGCCUUGAAUGCCACAUUCCGAGCAUCACUACGACAAGCUAUCACAGGCGGAGGAACGACAGGAAGCUUUGGGGUACCGGCGGAACCCGACCCACAGCAUUCGCCGCCGGACAUCGCCACUUUGGACGCGUAUGCCCUCGAACGUUGGGAGACCAUUCUCCACUACAUGGUGUCCUCCGGAACGGGCCAACAUCCCACGAAGCCUUCGCAGGAAGUUCUUUUCCUCUUGCAGCGCAGCGGGCUCAUGACAAGGGUGCACGGCGGCGUCCUACAGAUAACAUCGUCAGGCUUCCAAUUUUUGCUACACGAUCCUCACGCUCAGCUGUGGGAGCUGUUGCUACAGUUCCUUCAUAUGGCAGAGGAACGACAAAUGGACCUUGUGGAGGUCUUGAGCUUCUUGUUGAUGCUAUCAACCAUGGAGCUGGGUCGGGAAUAUUCGACGGAGAACCUUAGUCCAACUCAGAGCGCCAUGCUUGCGGACUUGCGUAACUAUGGUUUGGUCUGGCAGCACAGUACAUCCGCGCGUCAAUUCUGUCCGUCCCGCCUAGCCACUACCCUCACGUCGUCCUCACCUCCUCUGCCGACGUCCCGUAGUACGGGUGGUGGCUCUCAUGACCAAGGGUUUAUUGUAUUGGAGACGAACUAUCGACUCUAUGCAUACACCGACAAUCCCCUGCAGAUCGCCGUGCUGAAUCUCUUUGUUAAUUUGAAAUCUCGAUUCCCGAACCUCGUUGUCGGUGCGAUAACUCGUGAGAGUGUCAAGAAGGCCCUCGCAAACGGUAUUACCGCGGACCAGAUCAUCAGUUAUCUGACCACACACGCACAUCCACAAAUGCGCAAGAACAAACCUCUCCUCCCUGUGACUGUGCAAGAUCAAAUCCGCCUCUGGGAGCUGGAGAAGAACAGGCUGAAGUCCCAAGAAGGAUAUUUAUAUACGGCCUUCGCUUCCCAAGCAGAUUAUGAAUACGUGCUCAACUACGCCAAACAGCUGGAUGUCGUGUUAUGGGAUAAUCCGACCAAACGGUGUUUCUUCGGCAGCCUGGAUGGACACGCUAAUAUACGGGGAUUCAUAGAGAGGCGGUCUGCUGGCAUAGCGUAG